AUGACGAAGUGGAACGAGUUGACGUCUGAAGCAGUUAAGCGUCUGCACGACGCAGGUGGAGACUACGAUUUUUCCAUGCCGUCGGCUGACACAGAUGUACUGGCGCUACCUGUGGGUGGCGGUAACGUCGUAGUCGUGCCGCAUCCAAACCAGGAAACCAGAAAGGGUCCAGAAGUUCACUUGGGACCGGUUGGAGCACUGGCGAAUUUCAAGCGUCACAUCGAAGAAAACGAAGAAGAAUCAGUAAGCGCACUUCGUGCAAAGUUCGGUGAAGAGUUCGGGGUGCGCGCCUUGGACGCCGGUUUCGAUUCGGUAAUUGCUGCUAUCAGUGGAUCUCGUAUCGACUCGUGGACGCUGAUUAGAGGUAUCGCUGACUACCAACAUGGACUGAGUCGUGCCAGCAAGCUGUGGCAGGCCCAUGCGGCUGCCCGAGCUGCGGCUAUGCUGCGCGUCGUGGUGGAGAGAUUGCCGCCUCCAUGA